UCGUUCUGUGAUUUUCAGUUGAAGUCCACAGCUUUACUUUCUUCGUCAUCACCUCCACAAGAUACUCAUCCAUGGCGGUUCUCAGCUACAUAUCGGCCACGUCAACCACGCCACCGAUCUCUCAGGACCCAUCACCCACUCCAUCGAAUCCGUCUCUGCAAAACCCUAGACCCACCAAAAUCGUUCUACCGAAUAAGAAGCCGAUGAAAUGGUCCACCGGCGUCGCUCCCGGAGAGUAUGGUGGUCCUCCGACCACCACGAAGCUCAGGAAGUACUGGGGAGGAGAAGGAGAGGACCCCAUAACUUCCAAGGAUUUCAUCUGGAACAAAGAUUUCAUGGAUCGUAUGAAGAGAUUGAUCGAGGACCCUGACGAUUCUUCUCUCGACCCAUACCCGGUUAAGGAAGAAUCGUCUGGGUUUCUGAGCUUGAGUAGAGUUAUGAGCCUUGACAGUAUGGAUGUUGAUUUGAGCAAAGAGCUUGUAGCGCCUUCCAAACAUGUCUCAGAAAAUCUUGACACCUCUACUGUCUCAAACACUGGCAGCAUGUCUCGCAGAUGGAAAAUGGUGCCGACACGCCGUGAACAAGAGAAAUGGGAUAAAGCCACCAAGGCUGCUACAGGCGGCAGUGAGGUGAUGUUUAGGGAACUGAGGCAGCCGCGUGGUGAUCCAGAAGUCUUGGCUGCUCAGUCAAGAGAGCAAUACUUUAAGUUGAAAAAGAGGCUGCAGCUACUUACACUUGGUAUAGGUGGCGUAGGCUUAGUAUCGGCUUAUAUUUCAUACACGCCAGAAAUAGCUGCAAGUUUUGGAGCUGGCCUGAUUGGGUCGUUGGUAUAUAUGAGGAUGCUUGGUAACACAGUGGAUUCCAUGGCAGAUGGAGCUAAGGGACUUGUCAAAGGAGCAGCAGGGCAACCGAGGUUACUUGUCCCUGUUGUGUUGGUGAUGAUAUACAAUCGAUGGAACGGAAUACUUGUUCCUGACUACGGAUUCAUGCACUUGGAAUUGAUACCGAUGUUGGUGGGAUUUUUCACGUACAAAAUCGCAACGUUUUUUCAAGCUAUAGAAGAGGCGAUCACCUUUGAUGGCAGAAAGACCUAAGUCUGUAGAGAUAUUCGGGUUUCGGAGGGCACAUCCGACCAUUCCAGUCACAUGAAAGCAGCAGCCAAACAGGUAAACAUCAUCAUCAUCAUCAUCAUCAUCAUUUUCGUCUAUUUCUGUGUUUACUCUCAAGGCAGUAUGAGAGCAGGUAAUUAAGUUUCAUGUUGGAACAUAACGAGAGUUUGCUAAUAUUAACACCUGUUUUGGCUAAUGGGAGUUCCAUUUA